ACUAUGAGAACGCCGCCGUUCGUGAUAAGUGUUUACCAUCUGCGAAUAUCCAUUUCAAAAUAGCUCUUUUUGCGAAAAGUAGUUUCGGUAGUAAGAGAAAUGUCUUCGCAACAGGAAAGGGCUGAGCUUGACGCCAGGGCUAGGCAGGGCCAGACAGUGGUCCCUGGAGGAACUGGUGGCAAAACUCUUGAAGCCCAGGAACACUUUGCUGAAGGGAGGAGCAAAGGCGGGCAGACAAGGAAGGAGCAGAUAGGGCAUGAAGGGUACCAGGAGAUGGGUCGCAAGGGCGGGCUUAGCACAUCCGACGAGCUAGGAGGAGAACUUGCGGCUCGGGAGCGAAUUCCCAUUGCUGAGUCUAAAUACAAAACCAGAUCAAGCUUGACAUGAUAAGUUCUACAGAGCUACAAGCUACAAGAUGAUAUUUGUAAUAUAUACAAGUGUAGUGUGCACGAUAAUAGUUGUGCGUAGUAGAUCUUAAUGUAGUGUGCAUGAGAAUAGUUGUACGUAGUAGAGCUUAACAGAGUGUGUGUAGGGUUUUACUAAUUAAUUUUUUCCCUUUCUUUUACGUAGGUUAUCCCUGUAAACGAGUAAAUAUAUAUGGAAUUUAGGGUUCAGAAAUUGAAAUAGUUUUAAUAUCAAUUGCAAAACGAGCUGAAAAAAGAAAGUCAAAA